AAGUUGGAGUUGACAACUGUGUUUUUCUGCGCUGUCGCACGUAGGUCAGUUCUCGUGGCCCAAAUGCAGCGACGGCAACGAGCCUCUUUUGAUGCUGACGAACAUUGCAAACAUGAUUCAUAAGUGGAGGCAUGCAAGAAGUUUUCUUCACUAAUUCAAGACUGAAGACUAAGACUGGGUGCAUUAUCCGUCUUUGAGGAGUGAUAUGGACACCAGGUGUGGUGACGUCCAGCUCUCUGUGGGUGUGUGUGGGAUGUUGUGUCAGGGCUAAAGCCCAUCCCUCUCCCAUGAGCCUGUGUGCCCACACACACACCUGGCGCCUCCACGCACACACCCGGCGCCCACGCACCCACAGCCGGCACUGACGCUGUGAACUGGACCCUCGGAGCCCAGCGGAGCCAAGCGGAGCGGAGUCUAGCCCAGUUGGAGCCUGAGGAUGUCAACAGAGACAGAGCUACAGCCAGCGGUCAGGCCCAGCAGCGUCAGACGGGACUCCAAGAGGAAAGGGCAGGAUCGCAGCGAGGCGGCUCUCAUCAGGCGUUUUAAGGGUGAUGGCGUCCGCUACAAGGCCAAGCUCAUCGGCCUGGACGAGGUCACUGCCGCCCGUGGAGACAAACUCUGCCAAGACUCGAUGAUGAAGCUCAAGGGUAUCGCUGCAGCGGCACGGUCUAAAGGAGAACACAAACAGAAGGUGUUUCUGACCGUUUCCUUUGGAGGGAUCAAGAUCUUUGAUGAGAAGUCAGGGGUCCUCCAACACCAUCAUGCGGUUCAUGAGAUCUCCUACAUCGCCAAGGACAUCACGGACCACCGAGCCUUUGGCUACGUCUGCGGGAAGGAAGGGAACCACCGCUUCGUGGCUAUCAAGACUGCACAGUCGGCUGAACCUGUGAUCCUGGACCUGCGGGACUUGUUCCAGCUCAUCUAUGAGAUAAAGCAGAGAGAGGAGAUGGAGAAGAAGGCCCAGAAAGACAAGCAGUGUGAGCAGGCGGUCUACCAGACAAUACUGGAGGAGGAUCUGGAGGACCCGGUCUACCAGUACAUUGUGUUUGAGGCGGGACACGAGCCCAUCCGUGACCAAUCAGAAGAGAGCAUUUAUCAGGUUCCCACCAGUCAGCAGAAGGAAGGGGUCUAUGACGUCCCAAAGCGACACCCAAACGGACAUCAAAACACCCCCCACCACCUCCAUCAACAUCAUUAUCAUCAUUCUCAUGAUCAGCCCCUCCAACAAGAACAAACUGAGCCGCAGCCGCAGCAGCAGCAGGCAGUGGCAGAUCUGAUAGACUUAGACCUGGACACGGUGACUCAGAAUAUCAACCAAUUAGAGAUUUUUGGAGACAUGUCCACGCCUCCUGACAUCACAUCUCCAUCGACCCCCGCCUCUCCAGCCAACACCCUCGACCCCUCGCAGGGCCUGCAGCCUCCCACAGAACUGUUUGCUCCCUUCAAUCCUGCGUCUGUGCCCUCAGGUUAUGUGACGAUGGGAGCGGUACCCCCCGGCCACUGGUCCCAGCAGGCGUUUGCCGCCCAGACACCGCUGGCCUUCGGGGUCCAGUCUCCGCUAGGCCCGGUGGCCCAGGUGCUGCCGGGCGGCCAGCCUCUGAUCUGGGGCCAGGCCAACAUCUUCCCUGCCACGCAGCAGCAGUGGGCAGCCAUGGCAGCCGGAGCCUUCCCCCCCACAGCCUACCUCCCUGCCCAACCCGUGGGCACUCUGCCCGCCGCCAUGUUCCAGACUCUCACCCCCGUCACGACUGUGACUCCAGCCGGGGAGAGCCACUCAGGUGCUGGAGCCAGCGCCUCAGCUCCUUCCCCCUCAGCGUCGUCGAGUCCGCAGCACGGGGAGAGGGCGAGGAAGAUGGGCAAGGAGAUGUUCAAGGAUUUUCAGCUGGCGAAGCCUCCAGCCAUGCCGGCGAAGAAGGCUGAGCAGCCCGGCUUAGCAGGAACCUCAGAGGCAUUCAGCACUUACUUCAGCCGUGUGGGCACCGCCCAGGACACGGACGACUGUGACGACUUUGACAUUUCUCAAAUGAAUCUGACACCGGUCACCUCCACGACACCAUCAACAAACUCACCACCCACCCCGGCUCCCCGGCAGAGCUCUCCCUCCAAGUCCUCAGCCUCCCAUGUCAGUGACCCCCCCACCGACGCCACAGACCCCCCAACAGACGACUCGUUCGGGGAGGCAGAGGGCAGCCCUAGUCGCAGUGGAGAGGAAGAUGCAGCGUGUGGUUCUGGGUCGCCCUGCCCCAGUGAGACAGCAGAGCCCAGCCCAGACCAGGCCAGUCCAGAGGCUGGGAGCUAGAUAGCAGCAGGGCAGGAAGGGGAAGGACCCUCUCUACGCCCAGAUCAACAAAGGGAAGAAAUAAAGAGACACACAGGAAGACAGACCUGACCAGCACUGAGAGAACAGGAGGAGAACCCUCACCUUGUGUGUGUGUGUGUGUGUGUGUGUGUCUGUGUCUGUGUCUGUGUG